AUGAAAACACUUCCAAAUUACUCCACAUUGGAUAAAGCAAUCCUUCCCACUCACAUUCUCCCACCCAAAUCCGCUGACGCCCCUGCAUUCACCAUGGUGCUCGAUCUUGACGAGACAUUGGUGCACUGCGUCAUGGAACCGAUUGCAGAAUACGACAAAAAGUUUUCUAUCAUCUACAACGCCGAAAAAGUCGACGUUUUCGCUCUUUUUCGACCGUAUCUCACCGAAUUCCUAGCAGAAGCCUCGAAAUUGUUCGAGAUUGUCGUGUUCACUGCUUCGCAGAGCUGGUACUGGCUUGAAAUCAAAACAUUACGACCUAGUUAUGCGGAUGCGCUGCUGGAUAUCAUCGACCCAAACCACACAAUCAAGUUUUUUUCGAUUCGAUCGGCUGAUGCAUUAGACAUCGACUGUAUCGACAGCAAUUUAAACUCGCUCGAUCGAGAGCUGGAGAAAACGGUGAUUAUCGAUAACACGCCCUACGCAUUUGGAUACCAAAUCGAUAAUGGAAUUCCCAUUACGUCGUGGUUUGAUGAUAAAACGGACACGGCGCUGAAGGAGCUCAUUCCGUUCUUGCAGGAAUUGGUGAAAGUGGAGGAUGUUCGUCCUGUGCUUCGGAAGAAGUACAAAUUGAAAGAAAAACUUGAUGGGUUUGUGAUUGGAUGCGGUGUUUGUUACAAACAGGCGAGUUGGAGUACACUAAAUCAUACUUGGGGAUCCGAUCUUGCGGGAGAGGGCAUGUUACAAUAUAUUUUCCGUAAAGACCUCCGCGGUAAACCGUCUACCACACUCAGAUUUGAGACAUCAGUUCCCACCUCUACGACGUCGAUAAAAUCUUGCUUUGAAGCGAAGGAACCGAUCCAUUUGGUGUUAUCGGGACGACUACGAAAGAAAGUGUCAAUGACGGAUACUUGCAAUCGAUUUUGA